CUUUGACAAAUGACACAGUACUCUUAUACACUCUCCAUGGACUCAACUCUCUCUCUCUCCCUCCCUUCCAAUUUUAGGUUCUGUUGACAAUAUCUUUCAUUGUUUACAUUUCGAUGAAACUUGGCAGUUCUUCCAGGCUUGGAAAAUUAAAUGCAGGCCCUCUAUUGACUGUCGUACGUACACAAGUUAUGAAAAUAAAUACAUGGUUGCUUUGUUUUGUUAGCAUAGAAAGAUAGCAUUUAGACCUAUGAAUUAUGAUCAGAUUCCAACGAUAAAUCCCAUCAACUGAUUUUUCUCUUAUUAAAAGCUACCUACCUUCUUUUGUUUUCAUACACUGGUUGGUUUCUCUGUUUGUUUUGGGAAAAGGAAGUAUGGGAAGAGCACCAUGUUGUGAGAAGGAAGGGGUGAAAAAAGGAGCAUGGACUCCUGAAGAAGACCAAAUCUUGGUUCAAUACAUCAACAAACAUGGCCAUGGAAGCUGGCGCACUCUCCCCAAGAACGCAGGUCUUCUGAGAUGUGGGAAAAGUUGUAGGCUUCGGUGGGCAAACUAUCUUCGUCCGGACAUUAAACGUGGUCCUUUUACUUCUGAGGAAGAAGCUACCAUUGUUCAGUUGCAGGGGCUGCUUGGUAACAAGUGGGCUACCAUAGCAACCCAUUUACCAGGAAGAACUGAUAAUGAGAUCAAGAACUACUGGAACACCCAUGUCAAGAAGCGUAUUAAUCAGCAGACGCAAGCGUUCCUCUCCUCUUCUCAGCCAAGAAAUGUAAACUCUGAUCAGUCUCCUUCAACGCGCCACAUGGUACAAUGGGAGAGUGCAAGAGUUGAAGCCGAAGCUCGCCUCUCGAUGGGCAUAUUAGUACCUAACUCAUCGCCUACAGCUACAACCGAGUCUGAUCACUUUCUCCGAUUAUGGAACUCUGAUGUUGGGGAAUCCUUUCGUAAGAUCGCAAAAGGAGAAGAUGGAGAUGGAGAUGGAGAGGCAUGUGAAGGCUAUAUAUCUCAGACAUCAUCAACGAAGUUAGAGUAUGAUUCAAUUGGCAGAAUUGACGCUAGAUCCGCUAAGACCAGUACCUCCUCUGACGCCAACCAUGAACAAGAAGAAAGUUACAAGCCACAUGCUAAUGCAAUGGCCAGUUCAGAUUCCAUCAGCUCUAACGAGCUUGUGGAGGAUUCUUCUGAUACAGACUUGGAGCUAUACCUGGACUUCUCACACGGCGAUGACAUGGAAUAUUUACAAGAGCAGACAGAUAACAUUAACAACUUCCUUGAUCUUAAAAAUGACUAAAAACUCUGGAGUUGAAGGAGGAUGUGGUUUCUUUUCUCUGCCUAUUAACAUCCCGGACAUGAAUGAAGGCGGAAGAGGAAUCAACGUAGCACAAUUACGAACAAAGGCUCCGAGUCUUUGAGAUUUUGAUCUUGAUCAAGAAAAGCAAAGAUGUUUUGUGUGUUUACUGUUCUAGCAUGUAGCAAAAGAUGUUCUUUAACUAGUAAUAUCUUCUUUUUGCUCUUUCUCCAAGAUAGAUGAUUCGAAUGAAUAUUGUGAACGCCAAUACAAACA